GGCAGACAAGCCCAUGGACAAUGAUGCCGAGGGGGUGUGGAGCCCUGAUAUUGAACAGAGCUUCCAGGAGGCCCUGGCCAUUUAUCCUCCCUGUGGACGCAGGAAGAUCAUCCUCUCUGAUGAGGGAAAGAUGUAUGGUCCACAUCUCCUGUGUAAACAAAGUGGUGUAAACCAACACCAACACUCCUCUGGUACUCCGAGCCCCAGUCUGCGCAGAGUCAGCUAAUAGGACCCGCUAACUGAGGUCGAAAUGAGCUGAUAGCCAGAUACAUCAAGCUUCGGACCGGAAAGACGAGGACUCGGAAGCAGGUAAGACAGCAGACGAGAUGUCUCUGUUGCAUGAGCGUCAGACGGCUGUCCAAUCUGUGUGCAGACUGUUGCCUUAUGUUUUCCACAGGAGAGAAAUAAGGCCAGACAGAGAAUAACACAAUGCUUAGUUGUCAGGGGGGACUUCUGAGGCUGAGGAGUCCCCCUGUCACUGCUGUGUUGCAUGAAGAGAUGUCUCUGGGUUACGACAUUCCCAGAAUUGUCACUCUUACUUGCACUUAUAAGUAUACACAUAAGAACCGUAGUUGUAGGAAGUUUGCAGGAGGAGAAAUUGUCUUUAAUUUCCCUGUUAACCUUUUACUUAAAAUGCAGCCUUUCUAUUUUCUACUAUAAAUAAUGGAAUGAUAAAUGUAAUGUAAUGAUAAACAUAAGAGCUUUGUCAUAUGAAAAGAGUCGCCACUGUAGCUUAAAAGUAUUCGUCCUCAUGACUAAAUCAUGGAGGUUGUGCACUUGGCUAGAGUAGAAGCCUUUUAUUAAUAGGAAUGUGGAGGCCUUAGCAGAUUGGUACCAUCUCUGAUCAAAGAGAGUAUUUGCUGCAGUCAGUAUUGGAGCGUGUAUCCUGUCUUCUGCAGCACACAGUGUGCACUGCACAACUCACCACAGUGCUCAGAUCAAACUGUAAUGAAUGUAAUAUAAAUGAUAAAUCAGGGCUCUUAUACGUGUAUCUCUUAGGAAUAACAGCACCAAAAUAGUUGAUUGUUGUAUUGAAAUGACCUGAUAAUGAGCUCUGAAGGUGCUUCAGUAACAUCUUCCCUUUAAACAGGAAAUUCCCUGCAUGGCCACUGACUUGAAUGACAAUGAUAAACAAGCCAGUGUCUACAGUGACAUUCGAUCGCUGUGUGUGAAUUGAUCAGUCUGGACCAGAAAGGCCACGUGGUUUUUCUUCUCCUUGACACAGAAUCAGAAUGAGAGAGCGAGCCGUUUACUCACAGCUACACCAAGAAACACAUGUCUGUUUCUGUUCUUAGUUUAAAUGUAUGUGUGUGUGUGUGUGUGUGUGUAAUUGCUGUGUUGUUUGUAUUUGGUAGAUUAAAUCAGCAAUAAUUCUGAUAAUUGAUCGUUUGGGCCUCUCAAAUGCUAAUUUUGACUACUUUUAUUGUGUCUUCUGUGAAAGUAAGGACAACAACUUUGGAUUUUGGACUUUUGGUUGGAGAAGCUUUUGAGUAUGUCAGUGUGUGCUUUAGAAAGUGAUGGUUGACAUUUUACAGGCCAAACAACGAAUAAAUAAACUAAAAACAUAAUUGUCAUUUUAGUUGAAAAUGAAAAUAAUGGUUGUUGGCAGCCCUAAUUUUCAAUAUCACUUAAUCUGCAGUUUAUUUUGGUUUUGUCUAUAAACUGCCAGAAAAUUGUGAAAAGUAUAAUUUUCCAGAGCCCAAGGUGAUGUCUUUAUAUGUCCGACCAACAGUCCGACACUCAAAGAUGUUGAAUUUACAAUGACACAGAAAAUCCUCACAUUGGAAAAGCUAGAACGAGACGUUUGGCAAUUUUUGCAGAUUCAUUUUCCGUUGAUCAAUGAAUCGACUAAUUAUUUCCGCUCGAGUUUAUCAAGAUGAAUAGCAAGAAAAUAUGUUAGAUAUUAUAUAAUAUACAGAUUUAUCUGCAGUGGAAGCACUUGAUGCCCGUACUGUUAGAAAACUCACCUUGGGUGUGAUUUGCUUGAAUAGUGUCGGAGGAGAACUUAAAUCCACCCCUCAAACCGGUCAUCAGCACACAUUGCUUCUAUUUCCAACUGCUACUUGCACUGCUAAAUGUUUCAUGUGAGAAUAUUAAAUAAUUUGCAACUGUGUGAACGUCAGAGGUAAACUUGGCUGGUGAAAUGCCUCGACCCAGCUCCCGCAAGAAUACUACACUAGCCAAUUCUCAUUCAGCACACAGCAGAUCACAUCUGGGUGCUCUUAAUGUGCACUAAAGGGGCCUGCAUCCCCCUUAAUCAGUUCACUUAAGUGACGAGAACACACUGCAUAGAACGCUUUAUUGGCUGUUAGCUUGGUGUGUAGUUUGGAGAUGCUUCUGUUAUGCAACUUAUCUCCUUUAAGUUUUUUUUUUUUUUUUUACUAAACAAAGAAAUGUAUAAUCCACUUGUACUUUUUUUGGUGUGUCUUUUAUUUUCCGUUUUCUCUUUUUUAAUGGAGGUGUCUAGUCACAUACAGGUCAUAGCAAGAAAGAAAGUUCGAGAAAUCCAAGCUGCCAUUAAGGUACGUCUAGCUUUGCCCAGUUGCAGGGGGCUUUUCAUUGCCAUGGUUACAGGCUCUUCCUUUGUUUUCCUCCCUUCCCCUACCCCGCAGGUGUCUAGUCACAUUCAGGUUCUUGCCAGAAGGAAAUCUCGUGAGUUUCAUUCCAAGCUAAAGGUUACAAGUAUGGACCAAGCCGUGAAGGACAAAGCCCUCCAGAGCAUGGCCUCCAUGUCCUCGGCUCAGAUCGUCUCUGCCACGGCUAUUCACAACAAGCUCGGCCUGCCAGGCAUCCCGCGCCCAGCCUUCCCUGGAGCAGGGUUAUGGCAGGGUAUGAUAUCGGCUGGUCAGCCAGGAUCCUCACAAGAUAUUAAGCCUUUCACCCAGCAAGCCUAUCCCAUCCAGCCAACAGUCACAGCCAUUUCAAGUUACGAGCCCACAGCACCUUCGGCUCCCACGGCACCAGCGUGGCAGGGCCGCUCUAUCGGUACAUCUAAACUCCGACUGGUGGAGUUCUCCGCCUUCCUAGAGCAACAGAGAGACCCAGAUUCAUACAACAAGCACCUAUUUGUACAUAUCGGACAGACAAAUUAUUCCUACAGUGACGCCCUGCUGGAGUCGGUGGACAUUCGCCAGAUUUAUGACAAAUUCCCAGAAAAGAAAGGAGGCCUGAAGGAGCUGUAUGGAAAAGGUCCCCAGAAUUCCUUCUUCCUUAUAAAAUUCUGGGCUGACUUGAACUGUAACAUUCAAGAUGAUACUGGGUCUUUCUACGGAGUCACUAGUCAGUACGAGAGCUCGGAGAACAUGACCAUCACGUGUUCAACAAAGGUCUGCUCCUUUGGCAAGCAGGUGGUCGAGAAAGUUGAGACUGAAUAUGCACGGUUUGAGAAUGGGCGCUUCGUCUAUCGGAUAAGCCGGUCUCCCAUGUGUGAAUACAUGAUCAACUUCAUCCAUAAACUAAAACAUCUGCCAGAGAAAUAUAUGAUGAACAGCGUGCUGGAGAACUUCACUAUCUUAUUGGUGGUGACAAAUAGAGACACCCAGGAGACGCUGCUAUGUAUGGCGUGUGUGUUUGAAGUUUCAAACAGUGAGCACGGCGCCCAGCAUCAUAUCUACAGACUGGUAAAGGAAUGAAAGGCUCCGAGCGCCCCCCACCACCCCAUCUCCCUCUUUUCAUAGACUUACCAACCUCAAAAACAAGUGGCAGUGCCUCUACCUUAAAGUCACACCUACAAUGCUUUUUGGUCAUGGUAUCGGGUGAAGUCAGUCGUUAUAAAUUUGUUUUAAUAUAAAGUGUUAGUUAUUUGACUGCAGUUGUGAAUUGCGGUACAGUUUUAUGUUUUAAAUAUGGGAAUUCUCGUUUAAAAUAUGUUGAGUUGGUCUCCGUUGGGUAUAAAUGUGGCCGUUCUUAAAGAAUUUACUAGAUUAAUUUGGUAAAUGGAAAUGUGUGUGUUGUCUUCUUCUGCUUUGUUAUGUAGAGAAAAAAAAAAAGGAUGCUGGCCUUUUCAAUCAGCGGCCUGAUGUGGUCUGUGUAAUAUGUUGAGUGUGUUUUUUUUUGUAUGUCUGUAGUUCAUAAUUUGUGAGCAUACAUAGUCGAUAAACAGACGUGCACACUCAGCCAAUAGAUUUUCCAAAGAAACAAAACUUACGCAACACUACAUAGACAGUUGAUGGAAACCAGUGGUCGUGAAUAUUGCAAAAUUACUGCUUUUUCUUUUUAAAAACAACUCUGCUUUCGGAAGUAUAUUUAUCUCUGUUGAAGCACUCCGAGUCUUAGACACUAACCGAAUGAAUGCACUGUGGAAAUACUACAAACAUUUUGCCUGCAUCUGCUCCAUUAAUGUAGGAAGUCUUACCACCUGCUAAGCAUUUCUGUGCUGCAAACGAGUCUAUUUUCUGCGACAGCCAAUAAGAGAAUUUCUGGAUUUUAGACGGGUGAAAGUAAAAUUACUGAUCUUGUCGAAAAGCACUUUGCUCCCCUUCUUGGGCUUGCCUUAGUGAUGCUUCCUUUUCUUUGUGUUAGAUCUGUGGUUAUAGAACAGCAGUUUAAAUAAACCUAACACCAUACAGUAAAUCACUCGUAGACAGCAGGCCUUGUUCAGUAUGCUGUUCCCCCCCAUUCCCGACUCUCAGAAUAUGGUUCCCCCUCUGGGAUUGUGGUGUAAUAACUCCAAGCCAAGAGUGUUGCUGCCUUCAUGUUCACGUGUUUCUGUGGCCUACACCGAUCCCCAGCCUUAAACAGGUUAUAGCUGUGUGAACUCCAAAAGAUGCCACUAAAACUGUGAUCUCUAAGCGUGAAGACUCUUUCCAUGUUUGCAUUGUGUAAGAAAUUCACAAUACUAUCUGCCAAAGUGUAGAUAUACAGUGCCUUAGAAUAUACUCUAACAUUACCCUUUGCUACGUUUUAAGUCUAAAAUCAGUUUUGUGGAUGAAACAGGCAAAAAGAACUCACCUGUAUAUUACUUGGUACAUUCUCACGUCCGCAAAAUUAUGUUUCUUAUAAUUGGUACACUCCUAUAAAAACAGUUUUUGCUGUUAAGUGGCAGUACACUUAUGUUAAAUUAAGUUAUAAUAACAGUAACCGUUAUAAUGCAGGUUAUAUUUUUCUCUAACGCUGUAAAACAUCUGCCUUUUGUGUAAUAUAAACACAGACUGACUGCCUUUCCUGUUGUAAAAGACCAAAAAUACAGAGAUACAGUCAAUCUUUUGUCAUGUCCUGCAUGGUAGCAAGGAAGUGCCUUUGGUUUAAAAUAUCCAGCUUCAAAAAGAUAAAACAAAUUUAAAAUCAAAUGUUGCUAGACCAAAAAUGAGACGUAAGUGAAACCAAUCACCACAUUGCCUUUUUUAAAGGGAUUGUAAUGAAAGCAGGGGAAAGCUGGUUACUGGUAAAAAUAAAUAAAUGAUAUAUUCAUUUUUAUUACAUUGUAAAUUGAUGAUUUCACAAAUGUAUUUGAAGAAAAGCUAUUUCUUUGCUUGAGGUCGAAGACAGAAAGACCUGCUGAUAACGCACGGCCGCAGACUGCACGCAGGAUGUCCAUUUACAGAAACACUGCAGCUGUCUGCUUCGUGCACACUUGCAGGUUCAAGUGUUUUUAAAAAAGGUUUCUUGGAAACACUGGUUUCCCCUUUCCCACGACCACGCGCUCUCACGAUGUGAAAACCACAUUACACUUUAACAAUGUUACUUUUGAUGAUGCAGACACACACAGCUGUGAUGUUGACAAGGCAGGGACCGACAAGCUUUUAUCAUUUAUUAUCUUUCAGAACAAAAUCUGAACGUUUAUUUAACUGUACAAAUACUCACAUUUCAUUUGGAACUGUUUUAAUGUGGUUAAAUCUGAAAUUGUUCCAAAACCUGUUCGAGAUGCCGUUUCAAAAAACUAAAACUAAUUUUUCACAAACUGCUAGUGUGGACGAGGCCGUCAAGGUUAAUACUUUUAAAGGACCAUAGCUACUUUACAUUUAUUGUUUCUUACAAAGAAUUAUAAUCAUCUAAAGUAUUUUAACCGAAGAAGCUCUAAAUAAUUGCAGACAAUGUCUCUGGUGGAUGCAGAUAAAGUUCAAUCAAUCAGUAUUUUUGCCACAGUCCUGUGGACACUGUGGAGUUUUAAUAGGCUUUUUUCUUACGUUUACCCUGUGUAUCGGUUCACAUUUAUUGAUUAUUUAGUGAGAUGUUCCUGUUUUCUUAUUGUACUUGUAUACAGCUGUUCUUGGUUUGUGAUGACAUUGUCUGUAUAUUGUAAGCCCAAUAACAUGGUAAUGAUGUUUGCUGCUGCACUGCUGGUACAUUUUGACAUGUCGUUUCAACACUGAAACAGCAGGACUUGAUGCCUUCGAUGGCACGAAUGUCUGGUGGACCAUUAGAAGAGAAAAUGGGCACGUACAAAAACAAAAAUCAGCUAAGUUGAUGAAUCAUGCUACAAACAUAUCAGCAGUUUAGCUCGUUAUUUGUAAUUCUGUUGAAGAGUAGGUACUGGUACCUUUAUUGUUUUAUGACCAUUAUCAGAUGGUGGCUUUAAAGUGAUUUUUCACUCAGCUCACAUAGUUAUCACGCACACACACACACACACUUGGGUUUUUGUGUGCAGACUUGUUUUUUUGUAAAAAGGUGCUUUGUACAAAAUUAUAUAUCUUAGCUUUUCUUGGUACAGAUUGUGUGAUAUCUUUUUGUAUCCAUGACAGUAAAGUGUUGGAGCAAAGGAGAGAAAAGAAGCUCUGCGAUGUUUCUGUGUUCUGCAUAUGGUCUUGUCUUUGCUCCGUAACAUUAUGAUGCCUUCUUGAUAAUAGUAGACAUUUUGUAGCUUUCUAGAUACUUUGUAUGUAUGCAAUAUUAAAGUUAAAUAAAUCUGAAAAAUAUUG